ACUCCCAAUUUGGAAACAUGGAGAUACGUAGGGCGCUUACACCGAGAUAUCUUGGAUAUCUUUACUGGUCAGAUAGCCAGCAUCGACAAGUAUAAAAAAAUCACCCGCAACGCCCAAACGAAUCCCUCAAAUCAAGAUCAUAACCAAUUAAUACCACGAUGGUUCAUCACUGCCCCACAUGCAGGAAGGCGUGCUCAACAAGAUGCCUCAAGAAAGAACAUGUCUGCCAGUGUGAAAUACAUGGCACAUUUUACAAGCCCGGGAAAAGUUGCGCUUCCUGUGAUGAAGCCGCUAGGAGGGAAGAAAAGGAAAGACAAAAGAGCCAAACUUAAGCCGCUCACUAGGCAUACUCGCAACGCAUCUCUCUGUACCUACGGACGAAGCUUUGAAUCAACGCCGACUAUACCUCUAUAUCUCCAGCAUUUCGAUUCAGCACUGGAGGCUCGAUUUUGA